AUGGUAAUAUGUGUUUGUGACGGAAAAUUGGGUGCUGCUGGAGGAGUUGGUGUUUCUCCCGUACAAAUUGGCAAGAUCCGUGGUGCCACUGUUAUAGCCGUUGCUAGAGGGAGUGAGAAGGUGCGGUUCUUCAAGUCAUUGGGCGUUGAUCAUGUAGUUGACUUGAGCAACGAGGAUAUGACUCAAAGCGUGAAGGGGUUUCUCACGGCUAGAAAGCUCAAAGGGGUGGAUGUUUUGUACGAUCCAGUGGGAGGGAAGCUCACGAAAGACUCGUUGAAGUUACUUAACUGGGGAGAGCAGAUCCUAAUCAUAGGGUUCGCAAGUGGGGAAGUGCCGGCCCAGCAAAUAUCGCUCUUGUUAAGAACUGGACAGUUCAUGAACUGUACUGGGGGAGCCAUAGGAUACAUCGACCGCGUGUUCUCGAAGAUUCACUCAAGGAACUGCUGUCUUGGCUGGCUGAUGGCUUACUGA